UCGGGGGGUAUGGUCUUGUACCGCGUAUACAGCGAGCCACAGCUCAGAGACUACUAUACCACCGUGUGCAGCCGUGCCACACUUUUUCUGGUGGCGAUCUACGGCCUCGUUCUCGUUCCACCGGCUCUCAUUGCCUACGCGACGAACAAUUUUUGGAGGACAACCGGCAGCUAUCGCGAGCAACCCAAUGUGCACUAUUUGAAUCAGUCCAUCUUGUUGCUGGGGGGAGAGGGGGGUGGGGCUGGGGUCGCCUGGAGCUCUCUACCGAACUACGUCCCUCCUCCAGCGAUUGAGCUGCUUCCAGAACCUCUCAACAUCACAAUAUCAGAGGAAGACACUGAUAGUGAUGGAAAGAGCGAAAAUCUGAUGUUGGUUCUUGAUUUUCCUUCCCCAACUCUCAAUGUCACGUCAGUCCACCUACUCCUCUUCUUUAGGGUCCAGCUAUCAGCUUAUUCAUCAGUGGACAUGCAGUCAGUAGCCUACGUCUCACACUCGGCUCGCUGGCCACACCCAGCGGGAUCUGGGUGGGCGGAGACUUUAGCCUCAACCAGCGUCGACCCCUCCGGGCCAGUGGGCGGAGUCACAGCUACGACUCUCUACUCAACACCAGUAGUCAGUCGUGGGAAGACUACCAACUGAGCAGCAUUCUCUCUAACUACCACCGCAGAGAAUUGACGACAGUGUUACACCCAGUAUACCCAGUGUGGCAGUAUGACUCCAGUGGAGGAGGAUUUAGACUGCAGGCCGACAUCCACUACACCUCCCAAACCUUACUAUAUCCUCCUCAAAUGCAUUACCUCUACAUAGAAAUAGUAAACUGAGGUAAUGGGCGAAGAAUCUGUGCCAACACUUAGGCACUCAUUUCCCCACCAAACAGUGAAACUGAGAGAAAAGUCUCAAUGUGUGCAUUCCUUGCAUCUGUAAGCAACAAUUUGCCACUGGCAGUGCCUCAACCUUUCCCCUGCACAAAACAGACAAAACUCUCUCCUUUCAUGUAACACUGGCCCAUCCAUUUGUGAAUAGUUGCACAGUGUAUCCAUGGUAUAUAUGGUGGCCUUCAGGCAACUGCACUAUUCUCAAUUCUCUGUUCAUGCAAUACACAGAAGUAAGCCUCCAGUUAUUGCUCCCUGACUCCAGUGCCCACGUACAGACCGGCCUUCUGGGAGC